AUGAGCAGUCAGUUGCCGAAAAUAGCACCAAAAACAGUGGUUAAUCGUGCGCAAACUCCAAUAAUGGUUUGGCUUCGUGACAAGCUCAAUGCAAUCUAUCGGCAGCGUAUUACACCGCCACCUGGCCUACCCACACCGGAUGGAGAGUCGGCGCGAACCCGUCCACCAGCGUCGCUGCCAGGUGGUGUACAUCACAGACUUGCCAACAAUUAUUACAUGGAUAGGGAUGCACGACGGGGUGUGGAGCCUCCGAAAUGUAUUUAUUCGGCCGAUUCUCAUGGACCAGUUUUCAAGAAUCUCAAAGGCGAAACAGUCUGGUAG